CGUCCGAGCCCCACAACCACCACCUUCCCCUGUUCUUGCCCGGGUCUCCCAUUGGCCAAGGAGUGGAUCACUCACAGCCUGGACCCAUCUCGCGCUCCCCAUUCAUGCAGUUUGGUUGAGUGUUGGUGUAUUUUACUGUUUGCAAUAAAGAGGGGGGAAUAUAUAUAUAUAUAUAUAUAUAUAUAUAUGUAUUUAAAUUUCUUUUUUGGGGGGUUCCGUUUUUACCGCUGCAAUUAAGUCUUGGUCUCUCAUACAGUUUUACAAACAAACAAACAAUUUUUUUUUUAGAAAAACCAAGCCUUUUCAAAAAAGGGGUUGUUUGUUUUGCGCGCGGUGCUUUUUUUAAUUUGUUGGGAGGGGAGGGUGGCUGCAUUUUCAAUUAUUUUUUUUUAAAAAAAUACACAUCUCUCUAUUUCCCUCUUGUUUUCGCAAUCAACUAUUAAGGUUCAACUAUGCCCAAAAGAAAGGCUGCAGCUGAAGGUGAGGUAAAGGAGGAGCCAAAGAGACGAUCAGCUAGAUUAUCUGCUAAACCUGCUCCACCUAAACCAGAGCCAAAGCCCAAAAAGGCAGCAUCUAAGAAAGAAAAAGGAGCAAAUGAUAAAAAAGAGGACAAAAAGGUAGCAGCAAAAGGGAAGAAGGGAGCCAAAGGAAAAGAUGAAACUAAACAAGAAGAUGCUAAAGAAGAAAACCACUCUGAGAAUGGAGAUACCAAAACUAACGAGGCACCAGAUGCUGAAGUAUCCGACGACAAGGAAGCCAAGUCCGAGUAACAGAUUUAGCCUUCUUCAUUUCCAUCAUUUGGUAUACGUACCUCCAUACUGUAUUGUUAAGAGAGGAAUAUUUUUAUCAACUAUUUUAUAAAUGCAGGUUUUUUUAGCAUGGAUUUAAUUAUGGAACAUCUUCAUCUCAGUUACUUGGGACUUAAACCAACAGAAAAACCAACAAAAAAAUCAUUGUUUUUAAAAUUUUGUGAUUGUCAUAGUUUGUAUGGUACCUGGAAAGAAUCAGUGGUGGUAGCUAUUGACUUCUGUCAGUAUAUAAUCCCUUUGUGUGUAAGUCAUACAAGACUUCAGAUUUUAAUUUCACCCUUGUUACAUGUUGUAUGGUUUCUUAACGUGGGGAGGUCUAAAAAAAAUAACCACAAAAUAAUUGCGUGAGACAUUCCGGUGGUUCUGUGGGUUGCUUUUAUAAAGAAGGUGAGAUAUUUUCAUGAAAAAUCCUAAGAAGCUGGAGAUCUUGUUGUAUCCCAAAUGUAGUUUUAUUUUGUCACAUUUUGGAGAAUAAUAAUAAUAAAAAAGCGUAAUCAUGUUUUUAAAUGAAAUACAAAAAAUUCUUUUUAAAAAAGGCAGGUUGACGGAAUAUACCCACUGUUAGGAAUUUUGCUGGAUUUAUCUUAAUAAAAAAAAGACUCCUCGAAA